AUGUCAAAUACAACGGCAAUCAAUUUAUAUAUUGCUAGUUUAAAUCUUCUCCAAAACAAUAUUUUACGGUAUACAUAUAUAAUAAUUUUCAUCGCAGGAAAUAUUGGAUGUUUCUUGAAUGUCUUAAUUUUUACUCGACAAAAUUAUCGACAACUUUCUUGUUCAUAUUAUAUUCUUGCAUCAACUUUCAUUGAUUUAAUACUUAUUAAUUUUAUUAUUCUUUUACGUAUUUUAAAUACUUUUAAUAUCGAUCCAACACAAACAUCUCUAAUUAUUUGUAAAAUUCGAAUGUAUAUUGCUCAAGCAGCAGGAGUAUUAAUAAGAAUUUUUAUUGUCCUAGCAUGUAUUGAUCGAUGGGCAAUGACAUCAAGAGUGGUUAAAAGACGAGCUUUUACAAACAUGAAAAUCCCAAAAAUUUUAAUACCUUCUGUUAUCAUAGCAUGGUGUUUAAUAACUAUGCAUGUUCCAUUCUAUCAAGAUAUUGUUAAUCAUCGUUGCAUAAUAACAUCUACUAAUUACACAACAUUUUAUAAUAUUUUUAAUGCAUUUAUUUCUGGUCUUAUAAUCCCAAUGUUAAUGAUUAUUUUUAGUUUAUUAACUGUUCGUAAUGUCAGACAUCUUCAACAACGUGUACAUGCUCGUGUACAAAUAUUAGUUACAGCAAAUGUCAAUGAACAAACUGUACAACCUCAAGCUAUAAAUAAAAAAUCUUAUGAUUAUCAAUUAUCUUUUAUGAUUUUAAUUCAAGAAUGUGUCUAUAUUAUUUCAAAUUUACCAUUCGUAGUAUAUUCAUUUUAUAUUGCAAUCACAUCAAGCUGGAGUAAACCAAUUCUUCAAACAACAAUUGAAACGUUUUCAAUGAAUAUUGUUUAUGCAUUAUUAUAUUUGAAUUUUUCUUCGACAUUUUAUAUUUAUACAAUAGCAUCUCAUACAUUUCGUAAAGAUUUAAAACAAUUAUUAUCUUAUAAUCGUUUCAGAAGUAUUCUAUUUGGUAAUCGCCAAAAUAUAGAAGAUGUAUCAUUUACACAAGAUCAAAUACGAAUGAGAACAGUUAAUAUGCGUCAAUGA